CCAAGUCUUGACCAAUCUCCCUCCUCGUGCCAUGGCUCCGCGCGGCUGGGAGGAGGGGACAGCCGCCACCACAGACAGCCAGACCCGGCCACAAGCCACAGUUGCUGUUCGACCGUAGUGGUGAAAGGAAGGGUACGCGCCACUCGCAUCUUGCCCGCAACUGAACGGCCUUCACAUUCCUCACUAAAGAUGGGCAGCUGCCUCGAGUCGCAGUCCAAGGAGCAGACACAACCAGAGUCUGACAGGACAGGCGGAGGGAAGAGCAUGGAGAUCAAGGGAAGCGUCAUUAUCAUCACGGGCGCCGCAAGAGGGCUAGGAAAAGCGUUCGCUGAGGCCUUGUUGGAUCGCGGCGCAAAGAUCUGUGUGGCUGACAUAGACAUUGAGCAGGGGCAGUCUACUGUGGCAGAGCUGCAGGCCAAGCAUGGUGAAGGCAGUGUCAUUUUUGUCUCCUGCAAUGUAACAAGUGAUGAUGACUUUAAAGCGGUCUGGGAUGCUACAGUGGAGAAGUUGGGACCAGUGAACGUGCUCAUCAAUAAUGCUGGCAUUGGCAACGAGCAAGAAUGGGAUAAAACAGUUGCAGUAAAUCUUGGAGGCUGCAUGAGGGGGACACUGCUGGCUCUGGACCGCAUGGGCACCAACAAGGGAGGCUCAGGAGGAGUGGUGGUCAACAUUUCCAGCAUUGUGGGUGUCAAGGCAAAUCCGUUUGGCCCUGUUUACUCAGCCACCAAGCAUGCCAUUAUUGGGCUUGUACGGAGUUUAGGGCAUGAUUUCCACUUCAAGAUCAGUGGAGUGAAAGUUCAGGCUUUGUGCCCAAGCUUAGUGAAGACAGAACUGCUGGCAAAUUCCAUGAAGAAAGCCUUCUCUCCUGAAGUAGUACAAGCCCUAUCAAAGUUUUCAUCUGGCCUCAAGGAUCUGACUUCAGAGACUGUGGCCAACAGCUUGGUGAAGCUGCUAGAGGAGGGACGCAAUGGAGCUUGUCUAGUUGUGGAAGCAGAAAAAGACCCCUACUAUGUGGAAGCUCCCAUCUCUUCCUAGACCCCUACCUCCACAAUGCAUGGAAACAGCCAGGGGAAGGGACAGACAUAUAGUUGGAGGCUGUUCAUAGCUGACAACAAAUCUCUGCUCUCUCUAAAACUGCACAGAUGGUCCUGCCCCAUUCUUCCCUUUGCUCUGAAACAUGGGUGAUAUGGGAAGCCUCCUCAUCUAAGUCCUGACAACACCCCUGGCGGCCAUACAGUGUUUGGAACAAACAUGGAAAAAAAAAAACAUCAACACUCAGGCAUAAUAAGCUAUCUAUAAUGUCUACAACACAAGAUCUGAUGAGGCCUACAUAGGCAUGUAAGGUGCUAACAGAUAGAUGUGUCAUUACUUGAUGAUGUUCAUAGUUGAAAUUUUCCACCAUUAAGUUACCUUGGCAGCUCUUUGUCAUUAUAGGAUUUUUUUAUGUUAGUUACAUUAUAUAUUUUUAUACGUACUGCAUGAGCUCUAAUGUAUAGAUAUAAGUUGUUGUCCUGCCCAUGUAAGUGGCAGCUGCAUUAAAUGUGACAUCAUAUAAUCUACAGUUAAACAAAGACUCCUGAAUAAUCUAUCAGGCUUGCAUUAAAAAUCCAGGUUCCCAAUGUUCGUUUUACAGCGUGGAGAAAUUUUUAGUCAAACAAGGAAUCCUUCACUUCUAAUGUGAAAUACAUUACUGUAUUUCAUUUUUUAUUUUUGUUAAUAUGAAAGAAAUACUUGACUGGUAUAUCAUCUCAUGCAAAGUCAAUGUAACAUUGCUCAGUAUAAAACAAUACACUUAUUUAUAUAACA